CGUUACACUACUCAGAGAACCAAGGUUAUAUCCGUGUAGUGGACUUCUUGCACAGCGUUGGUUUGACACGUUGCAAAGUCCCCUUUACUUCGUUAUACUUUUGGACUUGUAGUUUUUGACACACCGGCUCACCAGUAAUUGAAGCGACAACGACUACUGUUAAUCACUACAAUUCCCAGCCUGCACCACAGUGGUUGGAGUUUGCGCAGUGAGUGGCCCUGUGUAGGCGAGCGGCGUGUCAGUGAACGGUCUGGUCAUCACCAUGGAUCCGGCCUGGCGUCAGCGGGGUCGUGGGCGUGGUCAGCCACAGGGUCAGGCGUCGCGACCUCAGAGAGAGAGGGCAGCAGCCCCGGCAGCAGAAUCACCUAAGACUCCUAGUGGUGUGUGGGCUGGAGAUGGGAGGGGGAGAGGAGGAGAUGGGAGAGGAAGAGGAGGAGAUGGGAGAGGAGGAGAUGGGAGAGGGAGAGGAGGAGAUGGGAGAGGGAAGAACACAGCUCCCACACAGCUACAGUCUGUUAACAGAGGGAAGAGCAUGGCAGCACCUUCACAACACACUGCGUCGAGCCAAUCCAAGUUUGAGGAGAUCAGGAAGUCCAACCAGGCUGCUGCUCAGCGAUUGGUUCAGAGCCAGUACAGCUCCUCCUCAGACGAUGAUGUCGAUGAUCUAGUUGAUGAUGGUGGGAAGGUGGAGGGGAAGGACGGUAAACGGGUGAAGAUUCUGUCUUCGACGCUCACCACCUACACGGACCAGACUGGUGGAGAUGUGACAGACCUAGAGAGGACUCGUCAGUACCUGAGUGAUGCGUUCCAGUCCGGUGCCAUCACCUGCCUCAUCUGUAUCGCCUCCGUCAAGAGAACCCAGGCUGUAUGGAGUUGUGCUGGUUGUUUCUGUCUAUUCCAUAUCCCCUGUAUUCAGAAGUGGGCUAAGGACUCGGUCUUUCUCCUCUCCUCUGUCACUGAUGAAGACUUUGGGAAGAAAGAUCACCCCUGGCCUUGUCCUAAAUGUCGUUAUGAGUACAGCCCCUCCCAGACCCCCAGUAGGUAUGUCUGUUACUGUGGGAAGGUACAGGAUCCUCCUCUGGACCCAUGGCUGUUACCUCACUCCUGUGGGCUGGUCUGUGACAGAGCCUUGAACCCAGCCUGUGGACACCACUGUCUGCUGCUCUGUCAUCCAGGUCCCUGCCCACCUUGUCCUAAGAUGGUAUCAGUCAGCUGUAUGUGUUCUAAGGCCAUGCCCGUCCCGCGUCGCUGUAGCAACAAGCCCUGGAGCUGUCAGAAGACCUGUGGCAAGACUCUGCCCUGUAAACAACACGCCUGUCACAGCAGCUGUCACUCAGGUGUGUGUGAGCCGUGUCCGAGGGUCAGUGUCCAGAGGUGUGUCUGUGGACAGGAGGAGGCAGAGAGACAGUGUGCCAGCCCUGUGUGGCACUGUCAACAGCCGUGUGGUCGUCCUCUCUCCUGUGGUAAUCAUACAUGUGAGAGAAUGUGUCAUUCAGGUCUGUGUGGGGCGUGUCCUCGAUCUGGCAACAGAGCCUGUCCCUGCGGCAAGUCAAAGAGUUCUCUCCCCUGUACUGAGGAUGUCCCUACCUGUGGUGACACCUGUGACAAGGUGAUGGAAUGUGGCUUACACACCUGUUCCAUGAGGUGUCACAGAGGGGCCUGUGAAACCUGCAGACAGGAGGUAGAGAAGCAGUGUCGCUGUGGGAAAUACACGCGUCUCAUGCCCUGUCAUAAGGAGUACCUUUGUGAGUCUAAAUGCCCCAACACCAGAGGCUGUUCACGGCAUCAGUGCAGGAGGAAGUGCUGCUCUGGUAACUGCCCGCCAUGUGACCAGAGCUGUGGACGAUCGCUGGGCUGCCGAAACCACAAAUGUCCCUCUGUCUGUCACCAAGGCAGCUGCUAUCCCUGUCCAGAGACGGUGGAUGUGAAGUGUGUGUGUGAAUCCACCUCUCUGACUGUUCCCUGUGGGAGGGAGAGGAGUACCAAGCCCCCACGCUGUAAAGAACUGUGCAGGUCUCCCCCAUCCUGCCACCACCCCAGCAGAGAGACCCAUCGAUGUCACCCUGGUCCCUGCCCUCCCUGUCGCCAGGCCUGUCUCCUGGCCCUGAAACGAUGCCAACACCCCUGUCCCCAACCCUGCCACGACCAGGUUAUGGUGAAGACCAGCGACAGGGUCCUAGCAGGCCCGUGGGAGCAGUCGUCAGAGCCUGCGUUUGUCCGUAAAGCUCUCCCCUGCCCGCCCUGCCUGGUCCCUAUACCCACGGCCUGUCUUGGAGAGCAUGAGGCGGGUCCAGAGUGUGUGGUGUGUGAGGAGGGGUGUGUUAACCCUCGCUCCCCUGGCUGUCCCCACCCGUGCCUGUUGGCAUGCCACCCGGGGUCGUGCCCCCCCUGCCAACAGAUGACCCGACAACGCUGUCACUGCAAGAUCUCCCUGCUCUACAUCGACUGCCUGACGUUCAGAAGUGCGGAAGAUGAGACUAAAGCUGAUCUGGGGUCCUGU